AUGUGUUGGGAAUUCGAGUUGCAUUUGAAGAAUGGUAUGGGUCGUCAAUUAGGGAAGGACUUUGCCAAAUUAAGAGACUUGUGGUUUGAAUCAUGGAAUAUGAGGCAUGAUGCAAAAGGGCGAGCUCCUCAAAAGCAUUAUAUUUGUGUGAGUCCGGUAGAUCUUCGUUCAUCCGUUCUUUUGGCUAAAACACUUACUAUUCUGAUACUUGACGGUUGUAUGAAGCUUGGGAGUGUUAAAGGCCAGAAACGUUUAAAAAAGAUCAGUGUCAUUGGCUGCACAAGUCUCGAGGAAUUUGCCGUCUCCUCGGAUUUCAUUGAAAACUCGGAUUUAAGCAUUAUAAAUGCGUCGAUUCACAUAAUCUCUGUCUUUCAUCUUAUGUUCAAAAAGCCAUGCGAUGAUAACUUAAAAAAAAAGAAUUUGAAAGAAGCUAGUGCCGGUCCUGUAGGUUUAUUAGACAAUGCUGCUGUCAAACAAGAAUUUAUUCAUCAUUCAACUAUUAAGACAUCUAAUUCAACUGUUAGCGAUUCAAAGUUGGUUGAUUCUACAGUCAUUAAAUCUGAACCAAGUCAUGAGGGUAGUCAGGAAAGAUCCAAAACAGCCGAGAGUACUGCUACAGGAGUAAAUGUUGAAAAAGCCUGUGAGGAAGUUUCCUCAAAUCCUGAGCCUAUUCCUCUGGUAACAGUUGCUUUUCCUAUAGUUGGUACUGCUACAGAAUUGACUAAUCAUGCCUUGAAAUAUUCUUCUAUUGUUACCAAGAAAGAAGUGGCUGAUGAUCAUGAUGGUUGUAGAUUGAAACUCAUGAAUGAGCCUUCUGAUCCUCGAGAUAGCGGUGAAGGCUGUGAUAAGUUAAUGACUGUUGUAUCUGAUUCUUCAAGUGGCGGUUCUUCUGGAAAUUGGCUUUUCAAAAACAAGGAACAUGGGAAGACUAGUGCUGCAGCAAGUCUGGGUAUGAUUUUACUCCGGGAUGUUGACUCUGGACUUGCACAACUAGACAAAUACUUCCAUAGUAAUGAUAAUCAUGUCAUUGCUGGUGCAUUACUGGGAGUUGGAAUUGUCAAUUGUAGUAUCAAGAAUGACUGUGAUCCUGCAAUGGCACUCCUUGGUGAUUAUAUAGAUAAAGAAGAUAGUUCGAUCAGAAUUGGUGCAAUUAUGGGAUUAAGAAUUGCAUAUGCAGGUUCCCCGAAUGAGCAAUUACGAUACAAGUUGGCACCUAUUCUGAGUGAUCCUAAAGCUUCACUUGAUGUGAUUGCUUUCAUGGAAAUUGCAUUGGGCUUGAUCUACGUGGGUUCUUGCAAUGAGGAAGUUGCUCAAGCAAUCAUAUUUACACUAAUGGACCGGAGUGAGUCAGAGUUGGGAGAGCCCCUUACACGACUACUACCACUCGGUCUUGGUCUUCUUUAUCUUGGGAAGCAGGAAAGUGUAAAGGCAACUGCUGAAGUUUCAAAGACUUUUAAUGAAAAAAUUAGGAAGUAUUGUGACAUGACACUACUGUCAUGCGCCUAUGCUGGAACUGGGAAUGUUCUCAAGGUGCAAAAUCUUUUGGGUCAUUGUUCACAACAUCUUGACAAAGGUGAAAUGCACCAGGGUCCAACAGUUCUUGGAAGUGUUAUGGUAGCAAUGGCUGAAGAAUUAGAUGUUGAGAUGGCUAUUCGAUCGUUAGAACAUCUUCUACAGUAUGGGGAGCAGUGGAAUGAUGGUCUACUAGCUGCAAUAAGAGAGCAGGUGCAUAUAGAGACAGACAGAAAAGCAAUAUCUGGGGACACUGACGUAUUAACAAGCCCUCAGGAAAAAUUACUUACAAAACUGGAAACAAGGUAA